GCUCUGUUAUUGGCGUAAGCUGCUCCAGGAGUACUCCAAGUUACUGAUGUAUAAGGUCAAACUAGAGCCUGGGUUUUAUGAGGUUUCAAACACAAAAGCCGUACAAAUUUAUCGCGGCUAAAAUUUGAAUUCAAACGAACAGUGUGACCCCUCUGUGUCAGGAAAGGGUAUUUGUUACGUCAGUAACAGCUGUUUGGAAAGAAGCGGUUGCGAUUCCACUUUAUGGAUUCCGUAUCAUGACAGCACAGCUGAAUCCUUUUCGCAAUGCCUUCCGGGUGCCGGCAAAACAGCGUAUCAACUGGUUCCCUGGGCACAUGACCAAGGGAAUGAAACAAAUUCAACAAAAACUCCGAAAUGUAGAUUGUAUCGUGGAAAUUCAUGAUGCACGCAUUCCUCUGGCUGGCAGGAACUCUCAAUUCUUUGACACAAUCACAGGUAGCGGAGUGAAACCACAUAUCUUGGUUCUUAACAAAGUGGAUCUUCUGGGGCCAAAAAAGCAAAAGAGCGUUCUUCAACAGCUUCGACAGCAGCAGCCCGAGCUCAAGAACAUACUGUUCACCAACUGUAAAGACCAAAGGAACCACGGCGUGCUGGACAUCUUGCCAUUGGCCACUCGCCUUGUGAACGAAAGCAGUCGCUUCAAUCGAACCCAAACCACCGAAAACAAUGUCAUGAUCAUUGGAGUACCAAAUGUGGGAAAGAGUUCCAUUAUCAAUGUUCUGCGGAACGUCCAUUUGAAAAAGAAGAGCGCCGCCCGCGUAGGUGCAGAAGCUGGAAUCACCCGAGCUGUGGGUGAACGCAUCAAAAUUCAGGAGAAUCCCCCGGUCUACAUGAUCGACACACCAGGCAUCUUACAGCCGUCAAUCAAAGAUGAUGAAAUGGGUAUGAAGCUGGCCUUGGUGGGCUGCCUGCCAGAUCAUAUUGUAGGCGAGGAUCUAAUAGCCGACUACCUGCUUUACUGGCUAAACACCCACAGAAAAUACGCCUAUGUCGAGAAGCUGCACCUGUCCGCACCUAGUGACAACAUAAGUGCCGUUCUGGCGGAGUAUGCUCAGCGGGAGGAGCUAUUCCAUAAAGUCAAGCAGUACGACGGUCGCGUGGAGAUUAUGACCAAUUUAUUAGCUGCUGCGCGCAAAUUUAUACACUUUUUUCGCACCGGCCAGCUGGGAAGCAUUAAUCUGGACGAGCCCAGCGGUUUAAGAUGAGCUUUACAUAGAUAUAUAAGUAACUUUAGAGCUAAAAUUAUAAAUUGCAAAAAGUGAUUGGUUAUUGGUUCUCCGUCAAGGGUACGUCUAUUGCAAUGUGUCCAACUCCCGGCACAGGAAAGGAGUAGGACACACCCACGUUGCCAAGAUCUGGGUCGUCGGAUAGCUGCUGAACCUGAUGGUCCACCGCCAUAGGCGGCAACUGACUGGCCAUUGAUGUCGAGGGUUCUACAUCGUGAUGAGUUUCCAUGGGCGCGCUACUGAUGUGAGCAUAUGCGGUGCGAGAGGCCAUUAAACGUAGUUCCUCGGGAAUACCUUUCA